AUGAAAUCGACCAAAUACGACGUUGUCAUUGUUGGCGCGGGUAUUGCUGGCCCCGCAAUGGCCUAUGCACUCUCCGCCUCGUCACGCCUCCGCCAAACGCUAUCCAAAGAAAACCAGCGGACAAAACCACUUCGUAUCUUGCUCAUCGACUCCAAGCUCGCCAAACCAAACCGCAUCGUCGGCGAGUUUUUGCAGCCCGGAGGCGUACACGCACUCGAAAAGAUGGGACUCAAAGGCGCGUUGGAAGGGAUUGAUGCAAUUCGGACGUUGGGGUAUUGCAUCUUACGGCCCAAGCCCUCUUCUUCUACGACAAAGGAAGGCAAGACAGAGUUUGAAAAGGUGCAUAUUCCGUACCCUCCAGGCGAAGCCGGUCGCUCGUUUCAUCAUGGCGAGUUUGUACAUUCGCUACGACAGCAUGCAUCGCGUGCAGAGGGUGUUACGUUACUCGAGGGGACCGUCAAGUCGGAAGGUGUAGUCUACUGUCCGCAUACGGGACGAGUACUCGGAGUACGCGUCAAAUCUUCGUCGGAUCCAAAUGCAGAGGAGCAGAGACUCAAGACGCUCGGGACGUUCUUCGGUCUCAUUUUACCCAAUCCGCCGGACAAAAAGUACAUUUUGCCAUUGUACGAACACGGCUGUGUGAUCCUCAUUCCCAAUUCUGCGGGUCCGAUUCUGCUCUACCAAGUCGGGACAAACGACACACGCAUCCUCAUUGAUAUUCCACACGAUUCGCCUUAUAAGCGCGACGUACAAUCGUACAUCCGCAACGUUCUCCUCCCAAAUCUACCCACAGAAGAUCUCCGUCGUGGAUUGCAGACACUAGUCGACGAAGCGGACAAUGACGAGAAGCGAGCGGGUCGUUUGGAUCUAAAGGGUGUCGCCAAUCCGUUUUUCCCGGCGCCGCCGCAGGGUGGAGGGAGAAUGCGAGAGGGUGCACUCUUGCUUGGUGAUGCAUGGAAUCAACGACACCCUCUCACAGGCGGAGGGAUGACCGUUGCCUUUGGCGACGUCGUGACGCUUGCGAGCGAGUUGAUUCUCGCUGAAAAGCAGCUCUUUGGGGACUCGUCUGAUAAAGAAGUUACAUCGAGUAAUGGAGUCAAAAUAGAAGAAACAGAAGUAUCACUGGACGUCGUGUCGGAGCAUGACGAAGAGUGGACGUUGGGUGAUUGGGGCGUCAUGGAUGACAUUUUCGACCGAUGGUGGUGGACUCGGAGAGGAUACGCGUCGACGAUCAACAUUCUUUCCGUCGCGUUGUACGACUUGUUUGGCGGUAGCUCGUCAAAUCUCGAAACACUCCAAACUGGAUGUUUCAAGUACCUCGGGCUUGGAGGCGAGUGCACGAAUGGACCAGUUACGUUGCUUGGCGGUAUUGCGCCUCGACCGUUCCUCUUGUUCCGCCACUUUUUCACCGUGGCGUUUUACUCGCUCUGGGUCAUGUUCAUGCACGAGCGACCGGUGCUCGCCGACGAAGAUUCAGAGGGGCAUACAGCUCAUGCAAAUGGACAUGCAAAUGGUCACGCAAACGGGCAUUCAAAUGGACAUACGAACGCGUAUGCAAAUGGACUUGAGAAGCGACAUGCCAACGGUACCAACGGACAAUCGAAUGGAGACUCGAAGCUGGCGCAUAGGACAGUCGUCAAGAUGGCGAGACCAAGCGUGCUACAAUGGCCCAUACUCUUCUUCCGUUCUUUUGCAGUGUUCUGGACGGCGUGCGUCGUAUUCGGACCACUGAUGUGGACCGAGAUCAAGUGGUGGUAA